CGCCUCGUACGUGCACGCCUCCGAGGUCUUUUAUUGCAUCUUCAAAUGGCCGUCGUGUCCUCCUACGUUACAGGGCGUCGACAAUGUGCUCGGGGUGCCAGCUCACUCUAUCCCGAAUUCAUGACCGCACGACCGCGAUGACGCCAGUCUUUGUAAUUUUUGCCUGAAUUCCGAAUGCUCUGGGAUCACAAAAAGCAGCUGUCACGCACUCUUCCUGCGCGCACGAUCCUAAGCUCACUCUUCUAUCUCUUGUUCUUGUGACGCCUUAUUCGACGUGCAUAUUCUCUUUUCAAUCUCCUGCGGUUAUGCUAGCUGCGCGUGCAACGAAUGCUUUGCUCAAGUCUAAAGCUGGCCUGUCCACUAGCCUGCGCUUUGCUAGUACUGCUGCCGAGAAGGACAAGUAUAAAAUCGUCGUUGUCGGUGCAGGUUCUGGAGGCUUGACUGUAGCCAACCAGAUCUUCUACCGCUUCAAAGCAGCUGGGAAGCCUUUGAACGAGGGGGAUAUCGUUGUUGUGGAUGGAGCUGACUCUCACUACUAUCAGCCAGGAUGGACGCUCGUCUCCUCAGGCCUCCUUCGCAAGGAGGACACCCGCAAAGAUCUGUCUGGCCUCAUCCCUCGACAUCUUGCGCACAUCAAGGACUACGUCAAGUCAUUCCAGCCGGAGUCGAACUGCAUCACUACUAACGCUGGCCGCAAGAUCUCAUACGACUCUCUGGUUGUCUCUGCCGGCUUGAAGACUAACUGGGACGGUAUUGAAGGUCUUCCCAAGGCCCUCGCUGAUCCCUCAUCAGGUGUAUCAUCUAUUUACUCUUACGACACAUGCGACAAAGUCUGGCGGGAUAUUGAGGCAUUGAGGUCCGGCAAAGCUGUAUUCACUCAGCCGGCCGGUGUCAUCAAGUGCGGUGGAGCUCCCCAAAAAAUCUUGUGGAUGGCCUGGGAUCGCUUCCGGAAGACCGGCCGCGGUGAUCAGAUCAAGGUCGACUUCUACACGGCCACUCCAGCCAUGUUUGCCGUCAAGAAGUACUCCGAUGCUCUGAACCAGCUUCGUAUUGAGCGUGGUGUCGGUGGCUUUUUCCAGCACAACUUGGUCAAGGUUGAUACUGCGAACCGCAAGGCUACUUUUAAGAACGCUGCGGAUAACUCAGAUGUUACAGUUGACUAUACUCUGCUCCAUGCUACGCCGCCAAUGGGCCCCAUGGACUUCAUCAAGGGUUCGCCAAUUGCUGACGAAGCCGGCUGGGUAGCCGUCGACCCGGGCACUCUCCAGUCAACGAAGUUCAGCAACGUCUGGUCUCUUGGUGAUGCCUCGAGCGCACCUACUUCCAAAACUGCCGCAGCCGUCACCUCUGAGGCCCCCAUUCUGACGGAGAAUUUGUUCACCGUCAUGGAUACCGGCAAGGUCAGCGGUGCCAGGUACGAUGGCUACACUUCUUGCCCGCUCCUUACUGGGUAUGGCGAGCUGAUGCUGGCCGAAUUCAAAUAUGGCGCAGAGCCAAAAGAGACUUUUGGGCAAUUCCCCUUCAUUGGUGACCAGUCCAAGCCCAACCGACUCUUCUACCACUUCAAGAAGGACCUCUUCCCAUGGGCAUACUGGAAUUUUAUGAUCAAGGGCAAGUGGUUCGGUCCCUCCGGAACCUUCCGCCCCAAGUACUCCCCUCAAUAAAAUGCCCUUUCUUCGGAAUGAAAGGAUCCAUAGUGAGGCGAUACCAUGCUUGAUGUAAUUUAUAGGCGGACUCAAUAUAACUAUCAAUGUCUGUAUUUUCGCCCUGAACAUGAACGUUUCG